AUGAACCGGACCGGAGACUUGGCCGAAAUAGAGAAACCAUCAGCAGCUUCAGCCCGUGGAAAUGACUAUAGUGGAGGAAAAAGAGCCCGUAUUGAAGUUCCUGUUGGAUGUAAAUUUGAUCCCGCUGAUGAAGAAUUGAUGUUUUAUCUGAGGAACAAAAUUCUGGAUAGCUGCGAGUAUAGCACCGGAGAGAAAUGGUUUUUUAACACCGUAGCGCCAAAUGACAAUGUGUUCACUGGAGAUGGUUAUUGGACCCCUACAUCUGAAAAAGCCAUCUACACUGGUGGACAAGCAGAUGGUUACAAGAAAGAAUUCAUCUACCAUCGUGGAACAGAACAUCCUGGAAAAAGAACCAAUUGGUGCAUAUACCAAUUCAGGCUAAAUCCAGAUGUGUAUGUAGCAAAUGCUAUUGGCAAUACUGUUGAAUAUAAGAUAUCAAGUAUUGUAGCCUGCAUGGUAUUCCGUAAGGAAGCUGUUGUCCAGUCGAAUCGUCGAAAGAGAAAGAAAAAGAGAAAGAAAAAGAACUAA